UCCCUGGUCUUCUAGUUUCACUUUCACUUCAGAGUACGAGGAGAAACGGGCUUGUUUGUGAGGGCAGAAAUUGUACAGCACAUUUAAACAAAAACGCCGAAGAAGCUAUGGCGUUCAAAUAUCCAGAGGCUCGCAGGGAUGAAAGCAAAAUCGACAGCUACCACGGCAUGGAAAUCCCAGAUCCCUAUGCGUGGCUGGAGGACCCGGACAGCGAGGAGACGAAGGCCUUCGUGGAGGCCCAAAAUGAGCUGACCCUGCCUUUCCUGGAGAAAUGUGCCAUCCAGGGGAAAUUCACAGAGAGAAUGACAGAGCUUUACGACUAUCCCAAAUACAGCUGCCCCUACAAGAGAGGAAACAAGUACUUUUUCUACCACAACACGGGGCUGCAGAACCAGAGUGUGCUGUACAUGCAGGACUCGCUCGACAGUGACCCGCGGGCCUUCUUCGACCCAAACAAGCUCUCCGCAGACGGGACGGUCUCCCUGCAAAUGGCGCGUCUGUCAGAGCAGUGCGAGUGCUUUGCCUACGGGCUGAGUGGCAGUGGAUCGGACUGGGUCACUGUGAAGUUCAUGACAGUGGAAGAUCAGAAGGAGCUGCCCGACACUCUGGAGAGGGUGAAAUUCAGCUGCCUGUCCUGGACUCACGACGGCAAAGGAGUCUUCUACAACUGCUACCCCCAGCAGGAGGGCAAAGCUGAUGGUACUGAGACCACCACCAAUCUCCAUCAAAAGCUGUACUACCAUGUGAUCGGAACAGACCAGUCCCAGGACAUCUUGGUUGCUGAGUUUCCUGACCAUCCCAAAUGGCUGAGUGCUGCUGAGGUGUCAGAUGAUGGGCGCUACGUCCUCUUAAAAAUCCGUGAAGGGUGCAAGCAUGUCAACCGUCUCUGGUACUGUGACCUGCAGCUGCUGCCCGACGGGAUCAAGGGCCUCCUUCCCUGGGUCAAGGUUAUUGAUAACUUCGAUGCCAAGUACUCGUACAUCACCAACGAAGAGACUGUGUUCACCUUCCUGACUAACCUGGACGCACCUCGCUCGCGCGUCAUUAAUAUUGACCUGAGUGACUGUGACCCCGCCCACUGGAGGACGCUGAUCCCAGAGCACCACAAGGACGUCUUGGAUUUUGUGACGUGCGUGAACGGGCAGUUCCUGGUGGUUGACUACAUGCGCGACGCCAAGGAUGUGCUGCAGCUGUUCAGCCUGGCCUCGGGGAAGCUGCUGAAGACCCUGCCCCUGGAUCUGGGCACCAUCGCCGGCUUCAGCGGCCGCAAGAAAGACACGGACAUCUUCUACAAGUUCUACUCCUUUCUGCAGCCAGGAGUCAUCUACCACUGUGACCUGACCUCAGAGACCCUGGAGCCCACAGUGUUCAGACAGGUGGAGGUGAAGGGCUUCGACCCCUCGGACUACCAGACUGUUCAGGUCUUCUUCCCCAGUAAGGAUGGCACCAAGAUUCCCAUGUUCAUCGUCCACAAGAAGGGCAUUAAGCUGGACGGCUCUCACUCGGCACUGCUGUAUGGCUAUGGAGGCUUCAACCACUCCCAGCAGCCUUCAUACAACGUUGCGUACCUCAUCUUUGUGAGACACUUGGGGGGAGUCCUCGCUGUCGCCAACAUAAGAGGCGGGGGGGAGUAUGGAGAGACCUGGCACAAAGGAGGAAGUCUGGGGAACAAGCAGAACUGCUUCGAUGAUUUCCAGUGUGGUGCCGAGUAUCUGAUCAGAGAGGGGUACACCUCUUCCUCCAAACUCACCAUCAGGGGGGCGUCUAACGGAGGCCUGCUGGUCGCCGCCUGUGUGAACCAGCGUCCCGAGCUGUUUGGCUGCGGCAUUGCCAAGGUGGGUGUGAUGGACAUGCUGAAGUUCCACAAGUUCACCAUCGGCCACGCCUGGACCACGGACUACGGAUGCUCCAACAACAAGGAGGAGUUCCACUGGCUCAUCAAGUACUCCCCUCUGCACAACCUGCCCCUCCCCACCGACCCUGCGCCUCCCUACCCAGCCAUGCUGCUGCUGACGGGGGAUCACGACGACCGCGUGGUGCCCCUGCACUCCCUCAAGUACACAGCCACCCUGCAGCACUGUGUGGGCCGCCGCCCCGGCCAGAGACAGCCCCUGCUGAUCCGCAUCGACACCAAGAGCGGGCACGGAGCCGGCAAGCCCACUGCCAAGGCCAUCCAGGAGGAGGCGCACAUCUUCAGCUUCAUCGCAGAGACCCUGGGGCUGAGCUGGAGGGACUGAGCACAGGCAGAGGGGCUCGGCUGAGACACACUCUUUGAUUUUAGGGCUGUGCUGGAGAGACUAACACAGGGAGAUCUACACACACACACAAACACAGAGAGGUGGCAUUCAUAUGGGGCAUACAGAUAUAUCCUCAGACACAGGGACAGGCGGGAGAGGGGCACACCUUCUUCAGACCCAGAGUUAAGCCAGAAGGACCCAGACAGGCACAUGGACAGACUAACCAGGAUUUAUAAAAGACUGUUGAUUUGAAAUCUAUUUGACUGAUUAAAUAACGUACCUGAUUCUGUUCUGGACGGUUUUUGAUUUUAAUAAUGAAAGGAAAGUGACUUACUUUAACGCACCAAAAUUCAAAGUCACAGAGCCUCUUGGGUAGUAAGGGGUCUUGUUUACCCAGUGCAGAAAUGGCUUCAGUUUGCCUAUAGGUAGAUCCUUUAUCAUUGAUGUAGUAUUCCAGAAUAUGAAUAUAUUACCUACAUUGUCGUGUUAUUACUCGUUAUUGUGAAGUUCCUGGGUUUCAAUGCAGCAGUUGUAUUUUUUCCAGUUCACGGUGCUGGUAGAUCUCAUAGUCUGGUAGAAGUCUGUAAGCUCAUUUCUUAUUGUGAUGUAGUGUGUGGCUCAUGUAAAAUAUCAUAUCUGCCCAUUUUUAUCAUAGAUCGUGUUAAGCCAUGAAUCUGGUGAUUUGUGUAGGCUCUAAAAAUCUAUAAAGAAACGGUAUCUCUAAA